UUUACCAAAAAAUAAAGUUGCCUCCAGAGUCCUCUGUGUACAGUGGCGAGUGCUUUGGAAUUCUGAAAGCAAUAGAAUUCAUCAUUAUAAUGCAUCUUAAAAAAACUAUUAUUUUCUCAGAUUCUCUAAGUUCACUUCAGGCAAUAGCUAAAUUUCCUUUCAAAUCUAAAUCUAAUAACCCAAUUAUUUAUCAAAUCCGUAGCCAACUGUUAAAAUGUCGUCUUAAAGGGUAUUCGGUUUCCAUUGCCUGGAUCCCUGGACACAGAGGGAUUAAAGGCAAUGAAAGGGUGGAUGACUUGGCUCGAGAUGCCAUUAGUUCUGGGGACAUGUUUCCGUUUAGGAAUGUUGCUGAAGACCUGUUGGCACUGCCUAAAUUAUAUCUAAGAAUGGAAUGGACAAAAUUAUGGGCAUCUGGUGCGGGUGCCGCUGCGUUACAUUAUCGUAGCAUACAAACAACAAUUCCUGCCAAACCUUGGUUUGCUAAAAUCUCUUUGCCAAAGCCUGCAACUAGUAUGUUGAUUCGUAUGAGAUUGGGCCAUGUAUGUACACCGGAACACCUGAAACUACAAAAUCGUGUGGCCAGUUCUGCAUGUAUUUGUGGAACUGAUCCCGCUGAUCUUAAUCAUAUCUUUUUUUCUGGUAAUUGUAACCUAUAUGACCGUUCUAUAUUAUUAAGACAGCUGUCAGAUUUAAAAGUUCCGUUUCCCACAUCUAUUACAACACUCCUGUAUAUUAAUGAUUCAUCUCCAUAUAUAUUUAAAUCAUUGUAUUCUUUUAUUUCACGUCACAACAUUAAACUUUAAAUUAUUUGAAUUAUUAACCUUUUCCUGAUCCUUUUCCAAAAUUCCGUCCUACCCGUUUUAAUGUAAUCCUUAAUUCCGUUUCCCCGUUUUACUCGUCUGGCUGAAUGCGCCAGGAGCGCGAAGCCAUUAAAAAAAAAAAAAAAAAAAAAAAAACGCACCAACUGACACGACACGACACAGAGUGACAGAACGUAAAACAAGGUUAAAAUAUUUAAAUAACCCAAAGUUUUGGAAUACUGUGCCUAGUCAAGUUAUUUCACAUUUCAGCUCAAUGUCUAAAGAAUAAGAGGCUUAAAAAAUAUCCGCAUGAUGGGCAAUGAGGGUUCACAACUAAGUGGCUUGGAGAUUGAAGAGAAGGCGGCUGAGAUAACAGACUUUUGGGCCCAUUAUAGAGCGACGAUAAACGAUAGUUGUAGUUAUUUCAGCUUAAAAAGUGAUGGUUCUGUGUCUGUUUUUAAAGGGGAAGUGGUGUCGGGCCCUCUAUGGACAAUGUCAACACCUCUGGAAAAAUUCUCUAACAACUUGUUGAAGUACAGACACCCAUGUAUCUUGCGCUAUGUGUCAGCAUGGCAGCAAAGAUCUACUUUUUACCUGGCCACAGAGUAUGUGCAACCACUGGCACAGGUGCUUGGCUCCUUGACUCCGCUCCAGAUAUGCAUUGGCUUGAAUAACAUACUGAGAGCAUUAGUAUUUCUACAUCAACAGGCUGGAAUGUCACACAACAAUGUGAGUAUGCAGGCCAUAUAUGUCACUGGGGAUGGGCAAUGGAAACUUGGCGGCUUGCAGUAUCUCUGCUCGUUCCAAGAGCUUACAGCUGCUUAUUUGAAGCAUGCUCGGAUACAUAGAUAUGACAAGGCUGUAGACCCUAAUGAGGAUUCUCAAGAAGUCACAAAGAAUGUGGACCAGUAUGGCUUUGCUGCCCUCGUAGAUGAUGUGUUUGCGGGACAUGAAGAUGAUCAAGUACCCCAUUUAAAAGAAUUUAAACAAUACUGCAGAAAUAGUCUUCAACAUAGUAACCCUGAGAUGCGACCUAGUCUCAAAGAGGUCCUUCAACACAGCUUCUAUAAUCACGAAUUUAUUUCUAUUUAUAAAUUCCUUAAUUUCCUACCUCUGAAAAGUGAAGAAGAAAGAAGCGAAUUCUUUUCGACCAUUUUAGAGACACUUAAAUGCUACCAUGAAGAAACUGUUGCCAAACAAUUGGGUGGUCUGUUACUUUCUAGAUUAACUAUGUUAGACCAAACGGCAAGAAAGGAUGUAAUCCCAUUCAUCUUAAAACCAAAGCACGAGCGGUCACAAAAUUGUGAAUACCCCGGAUUUUUCAGUAUUAGCGUGUUUAAAGAACACGUUAAACCAAGACUUAUGCAGUUGUUUGGAGUUAGAGACAGCCAAAUACGGAUGUUGCUGCUGACACAUUUUUCCAAAUAUGUUCACGUAUUUUCACAUGAAGAACUCUCCCAACACAUACUUCCAGAGUUACUGCUCGGAAUCAAAGACACAGAUGACAAUUUGGUUGCUUCUACUCUUAUAUGCUUGAGUGAACUAGUACCUAUAUUAGGAGCUAGCACAGUUAUAGGCGGCAAGAGGUCCAAAUACUUUACCGACGGGCGCCCCAACUCAAAGAGCAGCCCUCAUGUGCCGCCGCUGGGCCGGACCCCUGAUAACACUUUUGCACAAAGGAAGUCUCUCAAAGACUUAUCAUGUUCUGAAGAAACAUUCAAACACAAUGAUGAGAAGGCUGAGGUUUAUGACGCUGAAAACAUCUCACAUUUGAUUGAAAGGCCUUCUCCGGUGGGUGGAGAGUCUGUAGAAAUAGAAACGGUAAGAAUAAACUCGAAUGUAGCAGAAGCAAGUGAAGACGAUUGGAGUGACUGGGACAAUACUAAUAACGCAAAAAACGCUUCAUUUAACCAUCCAGAUAUUAAAGAGUUUGAGGAUAUCCCUCUAGCCGUCAGUAGCGAAGUCACAAAUCAAAAACCAUUGGUUAAAUCUUCACUUCUACAAAAAGCCGCAAUACAAGCAAAGAAAAACAUAAUUGAUAUUUCAGAGUUGGACAUAAAGAAUCAGAAAUUUGAAAAUAUAAAGAAAGCUGCGGAUGAGUUUGAUUUCUUUGCGGACAUGACCCCGGUCAUAGAAAAACCAACUAUGAGUGCAGUUGCGGCCGCGGCUGACAGCCUGUUGUCGUCCAGCAGCAAGCUGGCCUUCGUCCCGGACGACGGCGCUGACGGGAGCGAGGGCUGGGGGGAGAACUGGAAUGACUAGGACUAGACCAGUGGUUAUGACUCAAACACAAACAUUCGGUAGAGUAUUUAUUGAAUAUGAGACAAUUGGUACAAGCUAUAUCAAUCAUGAUGAACUGUUCAUUUGUUUCCUAGAUGAAAUGUAAAUAUGUACUAUAGAAUAUUAAGAUGGAAACACGAGGUACUAUGGAUAGACAUAUGAUUGUAAUUAAUUAAAUCAUUUAUUAUUGUUUUUUUC